AUGCGCCCGCAGAACGCAGCCCAGCUGAGCGUGAGCCUAACAGCACCUAACACGUCAGCACCUUCCAAGUCAGCAUCAUCCAUGGCGUCUGGUGGCGAAGAUGCGGCACCGUUCAGGCAGAUGAGUACGGAGGAGCACUGGUGGUGGGGUACGCCGGAGCGCCUUAUGACGAACUGGCACGGCCAAUGGCGAUGCUGGAAGCCGCUCGAAUCAACGGACGCGAUCCGAUCCUUUAAAUCCGUGCGGAAAUUUUGGGCCACGUCACCCGAUCGCAGCAGUUUCGCUCACAUGAACGACUUUUACGACGAGCAGGGCGAGGUUCCCAAGUUUCGGCCUCCGGUCGGCGUCCAAUGGGACAUGUCACUCGCGGAGCACAGCCUGCCAGACGGAUUCUGCCACGUGGCAGUCGGCACAGCGCGCCGCCACUCCGUCAGCAGGGAGGGGGACGGGAUCUGGGGCCCUCUGGAGGUGGGGGAUGGUGCGGGCGGCAUCAAGCCUUUUGUGGAAGAGUUUUUCUUCUCCCACACCCCCACGUCUCGUUUUGGCUGCAUGGUUGGAUUCGAUCCGGAAGGAGCGUUGCGCGCCUACGUGGUGGUUGAGGAUUCGCUAGACACCAACGAACGCCGUCCCUCCGACUGGGUCUGGCCCACGUGGGGCCCCGGCGGCGUCCCGUCCUGUCUGCCCGACCACCUGCCGCCCGUUCCGGCACUAGAUGACAAGACAAUGGUGGGAACUCGCACCGUUCUGACUCGCAACCUGAUGGUUCAGGAGCGGGAGAACGUGUCCUGGGAAGAAGAAUGGGGCCCUAACAGCACUGCCGCUGCCGCCGCCGCAGCUGCUUCUGCUUCAGAUGAAAAGUCCGUUGCAGCGGACGCAGCAGCGGCUGGGUUCAUGGGGCGAGUGCCAGAGGGAGACGAGGAGAGGUACGCGGUGUUUGCUCUGCCGCACGGGGUGGUGGUGUGCGCCCCGCGCUCCCGACAGCUGGUGGCGGGGAGGCCGUUUGUGCUGUCGGUGUCGUGGGUGGUGGGGGAGGGCGAGGUGAAGCGGAUCACUGCCACUUGGGGGGCUGGCGGGGGCUUUGAGAGGGUGGAGGGCGAGUGGUACAGGAGACAGGCGUGA